AUGUCUGUCUCACCUCCCAUUCGCCGGUUAUCAACCAGUUCCAGCAGCAGAGAGGACCUCAUCUAUCAGUAUGAAGCUGAAGAGGAGCGCAUCAUCAACAUUCUAUCCAGGAAGCUGGAGCAGCUGCGAGAGGAGAAGAUUGAACUCGAGAAUGUGUUGGAAGCGGAGUCUGAAUCGCAUGUCAACAGGCUUUCGCGCGAGCUCACAGCAUUGAGGCUGGCUCAACAGCAGCAACAGCAGUUGCAGCAGCCGCAGCCGCAAGCAGGUCCGUCCCACGUGAAUGGCAGCGGGAGCGUAUCUCCCCAAGACUUCCGCACAACGGCCCAACUUGCACAUCUGCUCAGCAGGUCCAAUGGUGAUCCUUCCCCGGACAUGAUCAUCGACGCGCUGAGGAGAGAGAACGAAGCAUUGAGGAGCCGUCUGGUUGAGACAGAACAGGACUUCGUCCGGAUCUCUCGGUUGAACGAGAUCUACAGAGAAGAGCUCAUACAACAUCGACGACGGGUAAGUCUCGCCCUCCUUUCCGUGUUAUAUCAUAACCGAGCCCGCUGUGCAGCUCGCUCUACCUCCGCCUCACCCACCACUUCGAUCCACGCUCCCGCCCACAUCCCCAUCCCUCCCUCGCGCCCCUCCGCUGCCGCGGUCCCUAUCCCUCGUCCGCCCUCUCAGAUCCGGCGCCCCCGCGCGCAGCCCGAAUCCACCUCCGCCUCCGCGUCGACGACCCCGCUCUCGCACUCGCCCUCCUCCGCGUCCACCUCCCCGUUCCCGUUCUCGCCCGCCGCGCAGUCGCCGUUCCCCGCGUCCUCGUCCUUCGGGUCGCCCGCGGCCCCGCUCGCGCCGAGCCUGCCCGAGUCCGUCGCGCACUCGCCCAUGGGCUUCCGCUCGCGCCGGAACUCGGCCGCGCGCGUGGCGGAGACCGGGAGCCUCAGGGGGCGGCCGUCGACGCACGGCUUGGGGCAGAGCAGACGGGAGAGUGUCGAGCGGGGGGCGAGGGUGGCCGAGACCGGGUCGCUGGUGCCGAGGCAGCCUAGGGAGAGAGAAGCAAGGUCGGGCGGCGGCGAGGGUUGGAGUGUUGGUGCUAGAGGUUCCAUGGUGAACGGCCACUAA